UAGCUACGACACUCCCACAGCCCCCCUACUAUUGUCCGCUUUCGCUCUCUCCCCUCCCUCCCGGCCCCGCGCCGCGAAGGCCACCGCUGACCGCCCCGCAAUCUCACAUCUCCUCUCCUCAUCAUCCUCCUCCUCUUCCGGGCUCUUCCAAUUAAAAAGAAGAAAAAAAUGGGGAACUGUUGCUCCGGCGAAGCAUCAGCGGAAGCCGCCCCGGAAAACAAGGCCGCCGAGGUGAACGCGGAGGGAUCCGCGUCGCAUAAUGGCGGCGGAGAUGAGAAUGGCUCCGAGCACGGAAAGGAUGGUAAUAUGGCGACUAAAACGACGCCUCCCUCCCCGGGGCACUCGUCGAAGCCGACGCCGAUCGGGCCGGUGCUAGGCCGGCCGAUGAGCGACGUGCGGACGAGCUACACGAUAGGGAAAGAGCUGGGGAGGGGGCAGUUCGGGGUGACGCACCUGUGCACGGAUAAACAGACGGGGGAGCAGUUCGCGUGCAAGACAAUCGCGAAGAGGAAGCUGGUGAACAAGGAGGACAUCGAGGAUGUGAGACGGGAAGUACAGAUCAUGCACCACCUGACAGGGCAGCCAAACAUCGUACAGCUGAAAGGGGCGUACGAGGACAAGCACUCGGUCCACCUGGUCAUGGAGCUGUGCGCCGGGGGAGAGCUCUUCGAUCGCAUCAUCGCCAGGGGGCACUACACGGAACGCGCCGCCGCGUCCCUCCUCAGAACCAUCGUCCAGAUCGUCCACACUUGCCACUCCAUGGGCGUCAUUCAUAGGGAUCUCAAGCCCGAGAAUUUCCUCCUCCUCAGCAAAGACGAAGAUGCCCCUCUCAAGGCUACAGAUUUCGGUCUUUCCGUCUUCUACAAACAAGGAGAUGUGUUCAAAGACAUUGUGGGUAGUGCAUAUUACAUUGCACCAGAAGUCUUGAAGAGAAGCUAUGGGCCAGAAGUUGAUAUAUGGAGCGUUGGUGUUAUGCUAUACAUUCUUCUUUGUGGUGUUCCUCCUUUCUGGGCAGAAUCUGAGAAUGGAAUAUUCAAUGCAAUUUUGCGUGGGCAUGUCGAUUUUUCAAGCGAUCCAUGGCCGGCGAUUUCACCCGGAGCAAAGGAUCUCGUCAAGAAGAUGUUGAAUUCCGACCCCAAGCAAAGAUUAACAGCAUUGGAAGUCCUAAAUCAUCCAUGGAUUAAGGAGGACGGAGAAGCACCAGACACGCCGCUAGACAACGCUGUUUUGGAUAGAUUGAAGCAGUUCAGAGCCAUGAACAAGUUCAAGAAAGUUGCUCUCAGGGUCAUCGCAGGUUGCCUCUCCGAGGAAGAAAUCAUGGGGUUGAAGGACAUGUUCAGAACCAUGGAUACCGACGGAAGUGGCACAAUUACCCUCGAGGAAUUGAAGCAAGGCCUGUCUAAGCAAGGGACAAAACUGUCCGAAUACGAAGUCAAGCAACUCAUGGAAGCUGCUGAUGCUGAUGGGAACGGCACAAUAGACUACGAAGAAUUCAUUACAGCAACAAUGCAGAUGAACCGAAUGGACAGAGAAGAACAUCUAUACAUCGCAUUCCAAUACUUCGACAAAGACAAUAGUGGCUACAUUACAAUUGAGGAACUAGAGCAAGCUCUAAGAGAAUUCGGCAUGAGUGAUGGAAAAGACAUAAAAGAAAUUAUUUCUGAAGUCGACUCAGACCAUGAUGGGAGGAUCAACUACGAUGAGUUUGUGGCCAUGAUGAAGAAAGGCAACCCGGAUGCAGCAGCGAACCCAAAGAAACGAAGAGACGUGUCGUUCGAGUCAUAGUAAAAAUAAAACAAAAUAAAACAAAAACGUUUCAUUGGAUGGAUGGGGUUACGUUGUCACGUACGUACGUACAUAUUAUGCAUGCAUGCAGAGGUGGCUAAGGAUCGGGGAAUUAUUGAAAGAGAGGAAAUGCCUGCAGUUAUUAGUGAGAUGACGACGACUUUAAUUAGCUUUGUUAAUUACGUUGUUGGCGAGGGAAUUGAAGAACAUAUAUAUACUACAAAUGUGAAUAUGGAUGGAUGGAUGGAACAAAUUUCAGAUCAUCGCCAAUCAUGAUCAUGAGAUUCCACAAAGUCGAGGAUUGUAGUCCGUGGAUAUUAAUUAAAAAAAAAAAGCAAAACGAAAAACAAAACAAAACCUAUCUGUAAUUUCCAAGAGCCAUCUGGAAGUUUCAUUGGUGACGUGAGGAAACUUCUUUUCAUUUUAAACAAACACACAAAAAAAAAAGAUUCAUUGAUGAUUAACGUUUUACACUGUUAAGGAUGUUUAAUUUUGUCGGUAUUUAUAGUACUUAAGUCGUUCAUUCCUGGCCUUUUUCACCC